GUUAACGGGUAAGCAACAGUAGUUAAAAGAAAUGAUGUUCAAGAUGAAAUGGUGUAUUUGUUUUUUAAGUGUGUUUAUGAUUAUUUUUGAAAAAUUUAAUGAAGGGAUUUCUCUUGAGUUUACUCUAAACACCACUGUAUUGCAGUGUCAAUCAAUAAAUGAAAAUUCCAUUUUGCAUGUUGGUGAAUCUGUUGUAUAUUACUUUAAAGAGAAACAUGAUAGAAAUGUCACAUUAGUGCAUGGAAAUUAUAUUAAUUGUUUUUGGAGAUUCAAAGCUAUCCAUGAUGGAAAUUAUGUUGAACUUUAUUUUCAUAACAUAGAGCCAGAAAAGAGUUGUAAUGAUUCCAGCAUUGAAGUUUAUGUAUCCGGUAUUUUUUAUGAAAAAAUAUGUAGCCUAAAAAAAGUCACAGAAAUAAAACUGCAGGGCAAGGAAAUUUUGCUUAAAUACACCUUUUUGAAAGAAGCUCACACCAAACAUGUUCUAGAAGUCAUUGUUAGAGAAACGAGCCCAGUGAAUCCAGGAUGUGACUUUAAAACCAAAGAAAUAGGUUAUAGAUAUCAUCUAUUAUAUGAUUUGACAUCUGUCGGUGCUACACCAAAGGAUGAUGAGAGAAGUCCAGCCCAUGGUAAUCUGCUUUUAGAUGCACCAUUUACGCUUACUUUGGUCAAUAGAGAAAAUUUAGGAGUUACACCAUGUUUUGAUGACAUUGUUAUAAUACCUAUAGAAGAUAUACCUUCCUGCCAUUCAGCUGUGGACUUAAACUGUGGAUGGGAAAUGAGUUCUGAGAUUUCUUCAGUUUAUGAAUUAAAUGAUUUAAAAGGAUACCACUGGAAGAUAAAUAAAAAAGGAACAUUCAAAACCAAAUCAAUUCUGCUUGAACUGGAGGCCAUUUGUAUAUAUAUUGAAUAUUUGCUUGGUAGUAAUAAUGGAAAAGGAAUGAUUAAGGUUUUUGCAUUGAUGAAUGAUAAAGAAACAUUGUUAACAAAAUAUUCAUUACAGAGUGAAAUGUGGGAAACUGUGAGGCUUAGUUUACCUCUUCCAUCUUAUUUAAAUGGGGUUCCUACACAAUUAAUUGUGGAAGUAGAAGCAGAUUGUGUUGUAUACAUUAAUAAAAUUUUUGGCUGUAAUCCAUAUACUAUGGAAGAUCGCCAUUUCAUUUCAUCAGGAAAAAAUGUUUUAUUAUUUGGAUCUAUUGAGAGAGAAUUUCAAAAAUCAACUGGAAGUUGUAAAAAUGGUGGAGUAAUUUAUGGUGACGAGUGUAUAUGCCCAAUAGGCUUUCAUGGAAUGCAUUGUGAACUGGGUUGUGGAGAAAACAAAUUUGGUUUGGAUUGUGGCUCGUAUUGCUCUAUUUUUAGCAAUGGCUGUAGGCAGGUAAUAUUCUGUGAUGAUAUUCUAGGAUGCUCUUGUGCCUCUGGUUUCACUGGAGAAUACUGUCAUAUUGAAUGUAGUGAUUAUAAAUAUGGUGCUAAUUGCAAACAAAACUGUGGUUUUUGUUCUAAUGGUGAAAGUUGUGACAUUUUUACUGGUUAUUGUGACUCUGGCUGUAAGAAUGGAUAUUUAGCACCAUAUUGUUCUGAUAGUCUCAUACAUUUCUUUAAACCUCCAAACAUUACUGAUGUCUCUUAUGAAGAGAUUACAGUUGUAGCAAGUAUAAAUAGUGACACUGUUAUUGGGGUCGGUUCUCCAUCAUCAUUUAUGAUUCAAAUUAAGCAAUGUGAUACUGAAACAUGGAUAUCUAGUGAACCAGAACCAAUUCCUAGUGUUAAUAAUAUAAUUGCUAAGCAGAGAAAUCUAAAAGCCGAUGAAUGUUAUAACAUAAGAUUGAUUCUCUUCAUCAAAACUGGAGAAUAUUUUGAAUACCACGUUCCAUUUACUUCCUUCAAAACACCUUGCCAAGGUUAUAUAAAAUAUACAAUAAACUUACACGAAUUAUGGGCUUCAGGGGCAAAGAUUACUUGGCAAAAAGAAAAACAUAAUCCAGCUGAUUGCGACAUAAAUGAAUAUGAUUUAUACAUCACUAAAGGCUCUAGUUGGAAAAAAUUCAAAGUAUGGUCAACAGAAUUUGAAUUUUCCAGUCUUUUACCUGAUACUACCUAUCGUGUUAAAAUAACACCAGUUGAUGAAAAUGCUGUGGAACACAUUGGAUCAUUUUCUUAUAUAUCAUUUACCACACCUACAAUAUGUUCUGACUACGUUCAUGAGUUAAAAGUUUUAAACACUGGACCAUACGAGGCUGAUGUUACGUGGCAGAUGGGAGUAUAUAAUCAAGCUAAAUUUAUUUUAAAUUACAUGUGUAUUAAAUUACUUGCCGAUCCUAGAAUAGAUUGUUCUAGGGAUCAAAAGAAAAUAGUAACAAAUGGCAAUAUAUAUAAACUGAAAGAAUUACACCCAUUUAGACAAUAUAAUAUCACAGUCAGAGAUGAAAUGUGCCCAGAAAUAAUUUAUCACAAUCCUCUACAGUUCAUCACAAAAACAGAUGUUCCCAAAGUUGCACCAGUUAAUGGAGUGAUUCAAUCAUUAUUUUCAACUGGUGCUGAAAUUACUUGGUCCCCUCCAGCUGACUGUUCUAAUUGUAACGGUUUGCUAAUAGGAUAUUAUAUCAACAUAAUGGAUAAAGAUUAUGAAAAAAAUUCUGGAGCCUUUGUAAAAAACACAAGUGUUUCAUUUGAAAAUCUGCGUCCUAGUAUGGAAUAUACCGUUCAGAUACAUUUGGUCAAUGAAAAUGGAUGGAAUAACUCAAGUUUCAUGAAAAUAGAAUUUACUACCCCACCUUAAAAUACUAGCAACUGAUAAUUAUUUUAAUUGAUUGUAAAUAAAUAAUUCUUUAAAUAUAUUUUUUUAUGUAAAUAAAUCUAAAUGGCAUAAUAUGAAUUUCAUACGACUACUUUUUAAAUAUAACAUUAA